AUGUUCGGCGACGGACGAGAAUCUAUACGUUCGCCAACAACAUCAAGAAAUGGUCCAAUGUCAAGGACAACAGAUCGUUCGUAUCAGCAACGCUCGUCGAUAACUGAAGACACUGAACGCGAUGACAAUGAGUAUGAAGAACCAUCCAACGAUCUUGAUGAACAACCGUCGAAAAUCGAUCGUCCGCCACCUCCACCGCAAGAGCAAUAUAUAUCAGCACUCAGGUAUCGUUUUCCGAAUCGACCCAAAACUGACUACGCCUAUUCGAAACCUAUAGCUCCUGCAAAUGUACCAGCUUCACCACUUCCACCACCUGCUCCCGCACAAUCAACAUCGCAAUCGGGAACAUCAGGAACUACUGGCAAUGCUGGAGCACAAAGUAGUGGACCAUAUCAAACAACUGCAAGACCAUCAAUUGGUGGUACUGGUAGCUUGGAUAUUGGCAGCGACCGAACUUUUCCCAAACCAGCACUACGUCGUGUCACACCAGAUCAACAAAAUACGUAUGCAAGACGUCUGUCAGUAGAUGCAAACGCAGCCGCUUCCUCUAUCAAAACACCAGGCACAGGUCCAACUGUUCGAAUCAAUGAAGGAGAUAACGUUGCCAAUCGAACAACAUCCUCGCGAUUUCCUGCACAAUCAAAUAUAACCCAAGGGCAAGAAAGUAUAUUUGAAAAAGUUGCUUCUCACGGUGGACCUGUUUCUUAUCUGGGCACUGGUACCUUUUCUCAAUUCGAACAUUGUUUACGCGAGUGUCUGGAACGUGAACGACGUCAAACAGGUAUUAUCAGUCAAAUCACGCGACAAGAUAUUCCAUCAUCUAUCAAUGUCAACGAAUAUCCCUAUGAUCCAUGUAUAUCAACAUCAUCAUCUGCAACUCGUCCUGUUCUUCAUUCUACUAGUAGUCAGUAUUGUCCCGAUUAUCCUUCCCGAGCUUGUGGAACGUUCACACUCGAUGAUAUCCGUCAUAUUAAUGUUGCUCUGUCUCGAAGUGGCAUAUCGCUAUAUCCAUACCAGCAACCUUUCUGCCGUGAAUCAGAUCCCUGUGUAACAUCGAUACCAUGUGCCUAUCCAAAUUUACCGCCGCGAACCGGCGACGUCGUAUCAGCUUGUCGAGUUGUUGAAGAGGAUCCAGCUUUAUUGUAUAAUAAACGUGGAUAG